AUGCCUGAUCCAAUGGUGAUCAAGAGAAUGUUUAAGGUGGAGAAGGUGAACUGCAUCUGCGUGGACUGGAGGCGUGGGGCCAGGACAGAUUACAACCAAGCCGUCCACAACAUUCGAGUCGUGGGAGCCGAGAUAGCGUUCUUAAUAGAAGGGCUGUCGACCAAGAUGGGCUACAGCUUGGAGAACGUGCACAUCAUUGGCCACAGCCUGGGCGCGCACGCGGCUGGCGAGGCAGGCAGGAGGUUGGGAGGCUCCGUGGGCAGGAUCACAGCGGACGCCAUGUUUGUGGAUGUGAUUCACACAGAUACCUCACCCAUAGUCCCUAACCUAGGUUUUGGAAUGAGCCAGAAGGUGGGCCAUCUGGAUUUCUAUCCAAACGGGGGAAAGGAAAUGCCCGGAUGUCAGAAAAAUAUCCUUUCAUCCAUCGUUGAUAUAAAUGGAAUCUGGGAAGUCACAGGAUGCCCCAAAAUGGGGCACUAUGCUGACCAAUUUCAGGGCAACACCAGCGCCGUGGGACCGUUUUUCCUCCUGAACACGGGAGCGAGUGGUAACUUUACUAGUUGGAGAUACAAGGUAUCAGUCACACUGGCUGGAAAAAAGGAAAUGAGUGGGUCCAUCAUGAUUGCUUUAUAUGGAAGCAAUGGAAACUCAAAGCAAUAUGAAAUUUUCAAAGGAUCCCUCAAACCAGAUGCAAAACAUAUGCGUGACAUUGAUGUGGACAUCAACGUUGGAAAAAUCCAGAAGGUUAAGUUCCUUUGGGACAAACGUUGGCUAAAUAUGUUCCGGUACAAACUGGGGGCUUCAAAAAUCACAGUGCAAACUGGAGAAGAUGGGACUAAGUAUCAUUUUUGCAGUGGCGACACCGUGAAAGAACACCAGUUACAGUCCCUUCUUCCUUGUUAAAAAUGUGGUGCUCUUGCCCUAAUUGGUUUGGCUCAGUGGAUAGAGUGUCGGCCUGCAGACUGAAGGGUCCCAAGUUUGAUUCCGGUGGCAUGUACCUUGGUUGUGGGCACAUCUCCAGUAGUUGGUUGUGGGAACGUCGCCAGUAGCAGGAGGCAGCUGAUCAGUGUUUCUGACUCUCUAUCCUUCUCCCUUCCA